AUGGCGGUGCGCGGGCGCGAUUUGAUCGCGCUCCUGGCGCUGCUGCAGCUCGCGGCGGGGGCGGUCGCCCAGCAGGAAGGCCCACCAAUUCCCCAACUGAAUAACAAGGAGGAUUUCGUGCUGUGGCUGCAAUCGCUGGGCGAAGACGGGAGGUUGGAAGCAUUCAGAGCUGCAGGUCCUGGGGACAUCCCAACUGGGCCCUACGAAGGUGCAAUGCUUUCUACCCACCCCGAAGUCAGUGAUUCCCGAGUAUCUCAUGGAAACUCAGGGGCCAUGAGGUUCAUAUUUGAAGUUUAUCCUUCCUGGACAGGGAAGACGUUCUAUGGCAAUCAAUCUGUCAUCAACGUUCGUAGCGAAAGUGAUUUAUCCCCUGCUGACCGGAUCGGCAAUUUGAGCAUUGCGACGGGCUACACUGACGAAAAGCAGUCCUGGAUUGUGACUUAUCCUGACGGCUCCCCUUUCGACAUCAUCGUCGAAGAGCUGCGCUCUGUGAGGCCUGGCUUCAUCAUGGGCAGAGGCUACCUGGUGCCUGCAGAAUCUGGAGACAGUGUAUUCUUCGAAUGUGCAUUGGCUGCGACAGAAGCUGUGGUUCGGGCUCUUGAUGACCCAAACAAUCAAGUGGAGACCCUUCAAGCAAAACUCGUUGAUUUUGCUGCCCAGCAGGAACAAGACACUUCCACGGGCUCCUCCCCCCCUCAGAGUCCAAGCAAUGAUGGCCAACCGAAGAAAAAGCCAGGCCGCGCUCACCAAAAGCGUCACGUCGCGACGCCAGAUUUCAGGGGAGUAGCUGACUACAAAGCGUGGCUCUCCACAUUGACAAAGGGAGAGAGAGCCCACAAGUUCAAGACCGCAGAGCCGGGUCCAAUGCCAGAGGGACUCUAUUUUGGGUUCGUGGUGGAUGGCUACAAAAGCUUCCAGGACACCGGCAUUUCUGUUGGGCAUCAAGUGACGAUGCACUUCUUCCUUGAUCGCUGGAUUGGGAAGUACUUUGGGGGCGAUGGGUCUUUUGAGGACGUUAUCCACGAUGGCACAGGCUUUGUGCCGGACCACCUGAAAGGCUCCAUUGACUUGCGUAUGGGGACCCUUGACGGAAAGGAGUCCUGGCACACAGCAUUUGCCAAUGGAACUGCAUUCGACUUGUUUGUCGACGAGUUUCGGGAGAUCCAGCCAGGUUUUCUGUACGGCCAGACAUUCGUCCGUGAACAGAAGCACACGGCGCAGCCCUUCUUUGAGUUUGGGCUUGUCCGUAUAGACCCAAGUCUGGUAGAAGGGUCUGAUUUCGUCGACGUGCUCCUGAAAACAUCCACGGAAGCUGCAGAAUCCAAGGUCGCAACAGUGCAGAUUCCUCAAUCCAAUAUCCCAGACUCAGAACCAAAGGUUCAGGGCGGCGAACCUGGUGCAAGCGAGCCUGUGAAGCAAGACGACGGGAGCGCAGGUGGCCUUGACAUAUCUAUGCCGUCUCUUGAUGAAGAAGGCGGUGGUCAGGCAGUCCCUGAGUUCAGUGACACUGCGGAAUUUGAGAAGUUUCUGUUGAAGCUGAGCCCCGCCAAGAAGGACAAGCUCUUCUCAUCCUUAGCCCCUGGCCAGCAGCCAAAAGGAGUGCACACAGCCUUCAUACUUUUGGGUGGUCCAGACAUGAGUGACUUCAACAUGUCAUUCCAAGAUCAGGCCCUGGCGGGCGUGCUCACAUCGCAGUGGAUUGGCAAGGUAUUUAAUGAAGCAGAUGGCGUGCGCAAUGUUCUCCGCAACGAGGACACUUUCAAGGCAGAGGAUCUGUCGGGAACAGUCUCGCUCGUGCCAGGUUUGGUGGACGCCAACGACUCGUGGGUUGUGAGGUACCCGAGCGAAUCCAUGUCCAGCUUCGUGGUGGACGAAUUGCGGGAGGUCCGCCCCGGAUUCCUGUUCGGGAGGACUUUCCUGAGCGAGGCGUCUGCGGGGGACAGACCGCUUUUCGAGUACGCAUUGUCCAAUUUGGCUGAUGGAGUUCCCGAGGGCCAAACGGCAUCCAACUUUGUGAAGUCUGCCAUUGGAGACACGUCUGGCGAUAAAUUCCAAGCGGAGCCUGAACCUGUCUCCGAGUCAGAGUCGAAGUCCGAAUCUGAGCCAGCAGUCGAGUCUGAGGCGCAAGCAGAAGCCGAACCGAAGGGGGAAUCGGAGGGAAAGGGUGACGGCGAACCGUAUGUGGAAUCCGAGGGGAAGGCCGAAGCCGAACCUAAGGCGGAGUCUGAGGGCAAGGCAGAAGCUGAACCAGAGGUGGAAGCCGAACCGAAGGCAGAAGCUGAGCCCAAACCCGAAGGCUCAGGCUUGAAGGUGCCAAAGGUGUUCAAAGAUGCCAGCAGUUUCCAGAUCUGGCUAGCUUCAAUGGAUGAAGAUGGGCGACACACAGCCUUCGAGUCUGCCACUGCUGGAUCAGCUCCGAAAGGAGUCUAUACAGCCUUCAUACUUUUGGGUGGUCCAGACGUGAGCGCCUUCAACAUGUCAUUCCAAGAUCAGGCCCUGGCGGGCGUGCUCACAUCGCAGUGGAUUGGCAAGGUAUUUAAUGAAGCAGACGGUGUGCGCAAUGUUCUCCGCAACGAGGACACUUUCAAGCCAGAGGAUCUGUCGGGAACAGUCUCGCUCGCGCCAGGGUUGGUGGACGCCAACGACUCCUGGGUUGUGAGGUACCCAAGUGAAUCCAUGUCCAGCUUCGUGGUGGACGAAUUGCGGGAGGUCCGCCCGGGAUUCCUGUUCGGGAGGACUUUCCUGAGCGAGGCGUCUGCGGGGGACAGACCGCUUUUCGAGUACGUGUUGUCCAAGUUGGCUGAUGGAGUUCCCGAGGGCCAAACGGCAUCCAACUUUGUGAAGUCUGCCAUUGGAGACACGUCUGGCGAUAAAUUCCAAGCGGAACCUGAACCUGUCUCCGAGUCAGAGCCGAAGUCCGAAUCCGAGCCAACAGCUGAGCCCGAGGCGAAAGCAGAGGCCGAACCGAAGGGGGAAUCGGAGGGGAAGUCUGAGUCUGAGAAAGAAAACAAGUCUGGGUACGAGACAAAAGCCGAAGCUGAGCCACAGCCAGAGGCUGAAUCAGAGGGAAAAGCCGGCUGA